AUGAAUGGCGACCUGAGCCUGUCGCAGACGCUCGGCGGACUGCGCAUUGCCAAUCCAGACGAGGACGACGACGCUCCCUCGCCUCCCAGCCCCAACCCCCAGCUGCUCCCCCAGCCCUCAGAUGCCCCAGACGCUCCGCCGCAGCUCCCGCAACCCGCGUCGUCAUCAGCAUCAGCAUCACCACCACCUUCACCACUACCGCCCUCGCGCGCCUCGUCCUCGGCCACCGUUACCGACAGGCAGCAGCACCAGCAGCAGUACCUUCAGCACCCCCAGCACCACUCGCCCCUCGCCUCGUACGACCCCGCCUCCUCUUACGCGUCCAUAGACGAGGAGCCCGCCGCCUCAGACUCGCUUUCCGUCAAUCACAAUGCCUAUGCCUCGUCAUCUUCGGGCUCGCCCGCCGCAUUUCCCUCCCCCCUAGCAGAGACGUCGUCGUUGUCAUCGCAUUCGCCGCGCCUGUCCCACCGCCAGUCGAUGCCCCUGGCCCAGCAAGCACAGCACCAGGCUGUCUAUCCCGCCUACGCCGCCGCCCCGUUGCUGCAGCAGCAGCGCAGCGCUGUGCCCACGUCGCAGCCCAUGCGAGAACGCCCCGUGUCCACGAGCAUGUACCAGCAUCCCAACCUCUCCACCUCGUCCACCACUGCCCCUGGCACAUACCGUUACAACGACGACGCAAUGGCCACAGACAUUCGCCGUACUGCGAGCUCGCGAGUCGCCCCGGGUGCCAUGCCCACCAGAGAGCACAGCAGACGGGACCCCUACCGCCAGUCGGCACAAAUGUCGGCCAUCAACGGGCCUCUCCCGCCACGGAGAAGCUCGCGGCGGGUGCCCAUGGAAGCACACCAUCCUGGGGCAUCUCAAUUAUCCAGCUCUCCAUACAGUGUUGAGGGUGGGCCGCUCUCAAGCAGCGAGGAGUGGAAAGAGCGGGGCGCCGCUGUGAGCACCAGACAGGACCUGGAUCAGAAUGGCAGGCCAAUCACCCGCGUGGUGAAGAAGGGCGUCAAGGACUUCAACUUUGGUAGGACAUUAGGCGAAGGUUCCUACAGUACCGUCUUGGCAGCAACAGAUCGCCAGACACUGCGCGAAUACGCAAUCAAGGUGCUCGACAAGCGCCAUAUCAUUAAGGAGAAGAAGGUCAAAUACGUGAACAUUGAGAAGGAUACGCUCAACCGCUUGACGGAGCACCCUGGCAUUGUCCGACUCUACUACACCUUCCAGGACGAACGCUCACUGUACUUUGUCCUCGACUUGGCAUCUGGUGGUGAAUUGCUCGGCUUCCUCAAGAAGAUGGGAACAUUUGACGUCGAGUGCACACGGUUCUAUGGAGCCCAAAUACUGGACGCAAUCGACUACAUGCACAACAAGGGCGUAAUACACCGAGAUUUGAAGCCCGAGAAUGUCCUCCUCGACGAUGCAAUGCAUGUCAAGAUUACGGAUUUUGGCACAGCAAAGAUACUAGACCAGAAGAGAUCAAAUGGUGUCGGGUCAAGUGCAAGUGGUGACCCUCUGGAUACCAGCGAUUCGGACCGCGCGCAAUCGUUUGUGGGAACUGCGGAAUACGUGUCGCCAGAACUACUAACUGACAAGAACGCGUGCAAAGCGAGCGAUCUCUGGGCCUUUGGCUGCAUCAUUUACCAAUUACUUGCCGGAAGACCUCCGUUCAAGGCUGCAAACGAAUACAUGACAUUUCAGAAAAUUGUCGGACUCGAAUACUCAUUUCCAGACGGUUUCCCUCCAUUAGCAAAAGACCUGGUUGAGCGAUUACUCGUUCUGGAUCCAUUGACACGACUCCCUAUGGAGCAUAUUAAGAAUCAUGCCUUUUUUGAUGGGAUCCAAUGGGGCAAGGGGCUGUGGAAGCAAAAGGCUCCGCGCCUCAAGUCCUACAGUGCGCCCCCGCAAGAACCAAUCAAGCUUAAUGGACCCUCUGCACCCGCAGCAACAGCUCCCACUCAACCCCCGGCGCGACCAAAGCCACGGCUCAUCACCGAAUUACCCCCUCCCUCUCAGCUCGACAUCGAUUGGUCUCCAGUCCUCACAAAACGAGACGAACGAAUAUUGAAGCUUGGAAACAUGUUUGUCACACAGCAUCCUCCUGGUCACGUCGUCGGCGCAAAGGAAGAGCCAGCGGAGCCACCCAAGAAAUUCUCGCGCUUUUUCGGUGGCAAUACUGUCAAGAAGCGACAGCGGCUCGUAAUGAUUACGUCCAACGCUCGCGUUCUGAUGUGCGCGGCAGGCACAAACGACAAGAAGCUCAAGGAAGAGGUAUCAUUGCUCUCAGCAGGCUGUUCAUGGAGAUCGUUCCAGGACUCCAAGGGCCUUACUGCUUGGCUCGUAGAAACGCGAGAUAAGCAGUACGUCUUCGAAGACACGAAAAGCACCACUAGCGAUCCCGAGGGCAGCAAGUACUCUACUCAAGAAUGGCUGGAUAGCAUUGACCAAGCUCGGGACUAUGCCUUUUCACAAACAAUAUCGAAUUCGUACUCUGCUGAUGCAAGUCUGAGUGAGCUCGUCUCAAACCACACCACUCCCACCAGUACGUUGGGAGCUGACUCUGCCCUCGAGGGCGUGAACAUUCCCGCCUCCCGCCAUGGCCAUCUUCGCAAAGAAGGCGAUACUGACUCAGUAAAGGGUAGGAAGCGCUUUAGCAAACGCCACUCAAGGAAUGGACUAGCAAACUUUUGA